AUGGUAGGAUUGAAUAUGGAUGGACCAGCGAGAGAUAGGGUUUUGAAACUAAUGCAAGAAAAAGAUAGAAUUGAAAGUGAGAUCAGAGAUCAAACUGCAAUUUUGGAAACCAGUAAUGUGGGUAUGAACGACCCAUUGGUGGAUCACCAAGGAUACCCUCGAAACGACAUUGACGUUUAUAAAGUAAGACAUGCCAGGCACCGGAUAAUUUGCUUACAGAAUGACCACAAAGAGCUUAUGAAACAAAUUGAGCGAGGCUUGACAGAGGUCCAUUCUGGUUAUGUGGGGCCAGUUGUGGAGGGAGCAUCAUCUAGAACUCCACCAAGAUAUGUUUAUGGAACUAGCAAUGUCCAUAAUACACAAUUCACAAAUGGAGAUGAUACAAGCCAAAGCUUUGCUACUGUUGGCUUUGUACAAGAAGGAUCACCAGCUGAUAUGGCAGGGCUAUGUGAAAAUGAUGAAAUUCUGCAAUUUGGUUCAAUAAACCAUAACAAUUUUUCUGAUGUCACACAGUUACAUCAAAUAGUGUCUCAUUCAGUGGGACAGAGGAUUCAACUAAAAGUAAGACGGGACCAAAUAGUACAAAGCAUCACUGUGGUACCUAGACCUUGGGCUCAACCUGGCUUACUUGGAUGUCAGAUACGGCGGCUGUAA